AUGACUUCUAACGGAUUUCAACCGAGUGAACUAGAGGAUUUCGAAGCAUACCUCGAACCUGAUUUCGAUGCUAUAAAUUUCGCCAAUUCAUUACUUAUAUCUACUAACGGGCACGACAACAAUGUACUAGAUUUACAAACACCCUUGAAAAAGCUCAAGUACGAUUUACUUGAGCUCGACAAACGGAUGAAGUUGAUUUCUUCAAACAAUUAUGAGUCGUUGACUUCCAACUUCACUCAAACUGAACAAUACAAGACAAUUUUACAGGACCGAAUCAAUCCUCAACUUAUUACCAUAAACAAACCGUUUGACAAAAUUAAAAAAGAAGUGAUUGAACCAUAUGAAGAUGCAGUACGAUUAAAUGAUGCGUUAAAGAACAUACAUCAAACUUUGGAAUUGUUACGAACAAGCUCAUUUUUCAUAUUCAUUAUACAACAAUUGGAAGAAUUGCAGGGGCCCGCUGGUGGUGGUGAUGGUGAUGUGGUACGAGCCAGUCGAUUAUAUUCCCAAUUGAUGAAUUUGUAUCAGUCAGUUACAUCUUCCAAUGGAAGUAUCAAAUCUGACUACGGAAAUAAUGUAAUGUCAAUUAAAUUAAUUCGAGAUUAUCGAGCUACUGCAAUAACUAGAAGACAAAAUUUAAUUCAUGAAUGUUCAAUGGUGAUCAACAAUGAAACCAAUCGAUCGAGUUCAUUAAAUUUGAAAAAUUUAAAACUAUAUCAUAAUCUACAAGCAUUGUUUAUUCUUGAUCCCGCUGAAUUUUAUCAAAUUUUUGACAAAUCAAUUAUACAACAACAAGUUUCAACUAGUGGUAAUCAAUUAUCAAAAGCAUUACAAUCACCUAGAAACUUUACUGCCAUAAUGACCGAAAUUCAACAAGGAAAUACAGUAUAUUUCGAUAAACUCGAUGAAGUGUUGACAAAAUGGAGUUUGCCUCAUGAUUAUAGUAAUAAGCCUGAUGAAAGUUUGUUACUGUUUGUGCUAAGCUCUUAUAGAGCUGUCUCAUUACGGUUAAUCUUUUGGCAAAAGUUGGCACAGCAGUUGAAACGUAAUAUUGUCGCAACCAUGGCUAGAGGAGGUCCAAUUGCAAAGAAUUUAAAGGUGUACAGUCAGGGUCUUAAAACUUCGGUUGAAGAUAACUUCAUUGAUGUGGAAAUCAAACAAGGUAUAUUGGAUGCUUUAUCGAUGAUUGACUACAAAUAA